AUGUCAAGGUUGGCCAAGCCAACUAACGCAGUCGAGGCGGUGAAACACCUUUUAAUUCUUGCUUUCUCCGUGGAUCUCUGGGAAAAUGGCCCUAAUUACGAGUAUAUAAACCACCCUCAGAUACUCCAUUCUUCAGAAGACAUAUUUUCUCCAGAAAACAAGAUGUCCCUGUCCACCGUUUUAUUGUUGGUUGUGUGUUUGACGGCGACUCGUUUUCUGUAUAUACACGCAGCAGUCGUAUUCACAUGUGACGAAACCGGUCUAAUUUCUAUAACAACGUUUCCAUCGAAAGCCAACAAGAUUGCCAUUGACUCCUCGAAUACAGUUUUAACGAUAGAUGACUCAACCUCCGGAAUCCUAAAAAUUGCCGCUGGAAAGGAUGCGCAAAUCACAGUUGCGUUUUCGGACUAUGACAUGUCCACCGUCAAAGCUUUUGCCGGCGAUGCCGAGGCUUACUCGUUGCAGUGCACCGAAAUUGACAGUACUGGAGUUAGUAAAACGGUGACGGCGAGCGCUGCAGCAUCAAUCAGCACAGAUCUGAACACAGUAACGCCUACGUACACUGUAUCAUCGAGGAUUACGGCUACAAAUGACGACGCUACAGCUAUCUCCAGUAUAACUGUUGGAAAUGAUUUCCUCUACGUAAUUGUAGUUCCAAGUGUAUACACAAUUAGUGUAGUCAGCUGCGAUGCUUUUGCGCAUGACGGAUCAUCGAAAGUCGCAGCUCUUUCUGUUGCCUUGCUUGGCGCAAGCGGAUGCACGUCGUCCAGUAAUGCUGGUGGAGCACUUAUGUCGAACGUGGCGUUAAAGGCGAGCACAGCCGGCACAUACGAGGCCACAGUAAAAGCAUUCAAGUUCUUUAGUCAGCCUAGUGUGUUGAUCGAGUGUGCAAUCAAAGUGUGCCCUAGCGGCUCAAGCUGUGCAGCAUUGUCCACCGGAGAUUGUGCCCGAAAAAGGAGGUACGUUGAGUCUGUGGAUGACGGUAGUUAUUCCAUGACCACCAGGGAUGUUAUUGAAGUCAUUGAUCCAUUCACAAUCGGUGCAGCAUCUGUACCCACAGUCACCAUCUCGGCCAUCCUUCUCUCUACUAUCGCAUCGCUUUGGGCUUCCGCAUAAGACGACCAGGUGAUACCAGCGCUUUACUGAUCAUCAUGACCCGAUUACGUGACACAGCAACGUGCGGAUGGAUCUCGUCAUAAAUAAACACUUGCGUGAUUUCCGGUUAAAUUCUUGUGAUAAAAUA